AUGGCGAAACACUGUACUUUGCAAAUCGUGACGAUAAGAUACAAUGGUGGAAACAAUGAAAAUAUUGGCAAGUCUUCCUCUCAUUCUGGCAGUGGCGGAGGUAACAGUGACAGUCGCAAUGGCUCUGGCAAAACUACAACGACAUGCCCCAAGUGUGGUGAUCCUUGCUUAGUUAUGCAACCUUUUGCAUAUUCCAAUAGAUUUGUCAAGUGCAACAGCUGUAAUCAUUUGUUUUUACUGCAAAAUGAUAGUCAGCAGCAGCAGAAAGUGAAUGAUGAACGCGCUAAAGCUAAACCGCCAGAGGAAAUGCUAAAAAAGCCGCCACCUCCGAGAAAGAUUUAUGAUUAUUUGUGUCGAUACAUUGUUGGUCAAGAAAGAGCAAAGAGAAUAUUAUCUGUAGCAGUUUACAAUCAUUACAAGCGUUUAUAUUUCAAUAAUUUGCCUGUACUAAGUAAGCCCGCAUUCGAUAAACAAAACUGGAAGCAAAAAACUGACGGAACUAAAGAUCAAGGCAACUUGAUGCAAAUUAGAGGACGUAAUGCCACUCAGACUAAUCAGCUACAACAAGAGACUCCAAUUAAUGGAACAGAUUUAUUAGAUAACAAUAUAUCUGCACUAAAGCUUGAGAAGAGUAAUAUUGUUCUAUUUGGACCUACUGGAAAAACAUUAUUAGCUCAGACUCUGGCUAGAUGUCUAGAUGUGCCUUUUGCUAUUUGUGAUUGUACUACUCUAACACAGGCUGGAUACGUAGGAGAAGACAUAGAAUCAGUUAUAGGAAAACUAUUACAGGAUGCAAACUAUAACGUUAGUAGGGCUCAACAGGGUAUAGUUUUUUUAGAUGAAGUAGACAAAAUAGGCUGUGUUCCCGGAAUACAUCAGUUACGUGAUGUUGGUGGAGAAGGUGUCCAGCAGGGGUUACUGAAGAUGUUAGAAGGUUCGAUCGUUAACGUUCCUGAAAAAAGUUUAAGAAAGAUGAGGGGUGAUGCUAAUAGUUUUGCUGUCGAUACUACUCAUAUCCUGUUUGUUGCCUCUGGAGCUUUUAAUGGUUUAGACCGUGUAGUUUCUCGUAGGAAGCAUAAAAAGUUUUUAGGCUUCGGCGCCCCAUCGCUACAGAAACUUGGUAGGCGUGCUGCUGCAGAAGCAAGUCUUGCUUCUGAUCCUAUCGAAAGUUCGAUUGAAGACUUGAAAGAAAGAGAUUUACUACUGUCUGAUGUUGAAGCACAAGAUAUGAUUGAUUUUGGGCUAAUACCUGAGUUUGUUGGACGUUUUCCCGUGCUUUGUCACAUAGAAAGCCUAGAUGAAGAAGCCCUUAUGCGAAUUUUAACAGAGCCUGAAAAUGCACUUUUACGACAGUACAAGGCUCUUUUUGAAAUGGAUAAGGUGCAACUGGCUAUUACAGAUGGGGCGUGCCUAGCAAUCGCCAAAAUGGCACUACAAAAGAAAACUGGAGCGCGUGGUCUUCGUUCUAUCAUGGAACGUCUACUUUUGGAUUCAAUGUUUGAAGUACCUGGAUCGGAUAUUGUAGAGAUAAUUAUUGAUGAAGACGUUGUCAACGGUAGAAAAAGUCCCGUGUAUAUAAGCGAUUCUUCGCAAGCUUCAAAGCCUUCAACGGAAGAAUCUGAUAAUCAAUUUUCAGAUGAUAUUGUGAGCGAAAACUACGUAAGGAAAAGCGCUGAUGCGAUUCAAGCUUAA